CGUUGGGGAAUUCUCCAUAGAUUAUUCUUCUCAGAAAAGCAAUAAUUUAUCGUGGGGUUAUUUGUUAUUCUGAACAUCUGUGUUCUCUGUUUAUAAAUAAAGUAUUUAAAGGGGGUUUCAAGAUCAAGAACGGGUAGUACCUUCAUUGAGUUGAAGGUGUUGAGAUCUUGUUUCCAUGAUGUUUGCUGCGAUAUUCCUGCUUGCCUUCUUAGGCUUAAGCCAAACAGUUCUAGCAGAGGAUUCUCCAUCGUCCAAUCCUAUAGUAUCAGCUAAAUUCGGAAAAUUCCAAGGUGCGCUUCUGCAAAAUUCAUUUGGGAAACCAAUUUACUCAUUCAGAGGUAUCAGAUAUGCACAAGCUCCUAUCAAAGAGCUAAGGUUCCAACCUCCAGUGCCUGUCAAAAAAUAUGAAGGAGUUUAUGAUGCCAAAAACGAUGGCCCUGCUUGUCCACAACCAGGGUUACAAGACCCUAUAUCUGAAGAUUGUUUGAUAUUGAAUGUCUACACAACUAAGUUGCCUGAUGGAAAAGAAAACCCAAAAAGACCUGUUAUAAUACAUUUACAUGCUGGUGGAUUCUAUAGUGUGAAUAGUAGAAGCAAUUGGGCAGGACCUCAGUAUUUCAUGAACCAAGACAUCGUUCUAGUCACCCUCAAUUACAGAUUGGGUGCUCUUGGUUUCCUAAGUACUGGCGACAAAGAAGCGAUUGGCAAUAACGGCUUGAAAGAUCAAGUGGUUGCUAUGAGAUGGGUUAAAGAAAACAUCGAAGCUUUUGGUGGAGACCCCAACUCAGUAACCAUUUUUGGCUACAGCGCAGGAGCAAUGAGUGUGACUCUUCAUCUGGUGUCACCAAUGUCUAAAGGACUCUUCCACAAGGCCAUCAUCAGCAGUUCUUCAUCGCUUGGUAACUUCCCUGUAGGAAGACACCAAUUGGACGUUAGUAAAAGGCAAGCCAAGCUUUUCAAAUGUCCAGUCGAUUCAACAGCCGAUAUGGUAAAAUGUCUUAGGGAGAAGCCAGCGAAAGAAAUUGGAGAUUCUUUACCUAAACUUUUCGAGAUUGGUUAUGAUUCUGAUCUUCUCUGGAAGCUGGUUGAACCUGUUCUUCUCUGGAAGCCUGUGGUUGAACCAGAUUUUGGCCAAGAAAGGUUUUUGACAGAUCACCCAAUAAAAUUGAUCCAAGAAGGAAAAUUCCACAACGUUCCAGUUUUGGCUGGAAUAACUGCUGAAGAGUUUGGCUUCAAAUCAAUCGAUUUGCUUCAAAACCCUGGUCAUCUCCAAACCUUGACGAGUGAUUGGGAAAAAUACGCUCCAAUAUUUUUCUUAUAUGAGAGAGAUACAGAUCGUUCAAAAACCAUCAGUAAAGGACUCAAAUCAUUCUACUUCGGCAACAAAAAAAUUGAUAAUUCCACGCAGAAGGAGUUAUCUGAUUUGUACAAUGAAGCUCAAAGUGGAUUUGCAGUGAAUAGAGCUGUUAAGUUAUUAGCAGCGAAGAAUAAGCAAUCUGUGUUCUACUACAGAUUCAGCUAUAAGGGAAAAUAUAGUCACUAUUAUCUUCCUGGAACAAACAACACAGAAACUUAUGGAGCUGUCCACCACGACGACCUGAUUUACCUAUUUUACGUUUCCACCCUGUUCCCACAAUUCCAGAAGACAGACAAAGAAUUCAGGACAGUCACCAAGAUUACAACCAUGUGGAGUAAUUUUGCAAGAACUGGAAAACCUAUUCCUGAGACCUGUGGAAGGCUUGACCAUGCAGAAUGGGAACCUUACAAUUUGAAAACCCAGAAAUAUAUGGAUAUUGGAGAAGUUCUGAAACCAUCUGAGAAACUCUACGAAAACCGUUAUGCCGAAUGGGAAAAAUUGUUACCACUUUCUAUUUACCAGAAGGUGGAUGAUAUAUCUUAUUGAUAACCUUUUGAAUUUUGUGUUUGGAUCUAAUUAUUACAUUUAGUAAAAGUU